AUGGAAGAACUUACGGCUUUUGUAUCCAAAUCUUUUGACCAGAAAAGCAAAGAGAGCAGCAGCGGCAGUGGCAGCAGCAACAAGAAGGAGACGAUCACGUACAGGGAAGUUUUGGAGAGUGGGUUGGCUCGCUCUAGGGAGCUUGGAAACUCUGACUCUAACCUGCAGGACAUGACCGAGAGCAGCAACCAUUGCCCGAAUCACAUAUUCGGAGAAACUUCGGAGAGGUGCGAGGGGAGGCUCAGUGUCGUUUUCCCCUUCCCCCUCCCGGCAGGGAUCUACGAGUGCAAAGAGAAGAGGGAAGAUGUGAAGUCAGAAGAUGAAGAUGGACAGACCAAGCUCAAACAAAGGAGAAGCAGAACCAAUUUCACACUAGAGCAGCUGAAUGAGCUGGAAAGACUUUUUGAUGAGACUCACUAUCCGGAUGCCUUCAUGAGGGAGGAACUAAGCCAGAGGCUGGGACUGUCUGAAGCUAGGGUUCAGGUCUGGUUCCAGAACAGGAGAGCAAAGUGCCGAAAGCAGGAGAACCAGAUGCACAAAGGUGUGAUCCUGGGAACCGCCAGCCAUUUAGACGCCUGCAGAGUGGCCCCCUAUGUGAAUAUGGGAGCCCUGAGGAUGCCUUUCCAACAGGCCUGGGCCUUUUCCGAGGGAGGCGGCCGCCCAGGAGGUGGGGAGGCUUCUCCCCGAAGGGCUGCCGCCGUGCCGGCCGGCCGGCAGCCGGGCAGGAGCGGAGCGCAGGCACCGGUGCCGCUGCGGGGCCCGGGUCCUUGCCCCAGCGAGGACGUAGAAAGAAUGACCUAUACAACAAAGAUGGACAUAUGGUUUUAA